UGAAAAAAAAGACAAAUUGUUUGUUUUGGUUUAACUGACUUAUUGUAUUCAAUGAAAAUAAUUCCCAAUAAUAGUAAAAGAGAACUGUCAAAAACAAUGCAAUGACUAAAAACAGAGAAAAAAUCUGUUGAUUGCUUCGCAUUCAAGGAACAAAAAAGAUCCACAUUAGGGCAUUUUAUCACAAAACCAGUGAAUGAUUUCCCCCAAAAACAAAACUCUUUCUCCGUUCCAAUCAGAAUCAAACCUCAGAACACAUUACAUUCCACCAAUCUUGUUCUUGUCUGCAUGCAGCAGAUUGAGAAACACACCCUUCUUUCUCCUUUCUAUCUCUCUCUGUUUCUUCUCACACAAAUCUCCCAACAGCCAUUUUUUCUACCAAUGGCAGAACUGAGAUCAGGUGUUCUAUUCAAGCUUCUAGAGGAAAUGGGUGUAGGAAAAGCGCGAAGAAACGUUGAUCAAAGACCAGUUUUGCUUCAGAUAAGAAGCAUAAUCCCCGUCCUAGCAGCUGGAGGGUUAUGGCCAAACAAAGGCUUCUUCUUGAGAAUCUCAGACUCAUCGCAUUCAAUGUACGCCUCCUUGCCGAGAGAAGAGAACGACCUUGUCCUCUACGACAAGUUACAGAUAGGUCAGUUGAUAUUCGUCGAGAAGCUUGAGUUUGCUUAUCCGGUUCCUAUGAUCAAAGGCAUCAGACCAACACCAGGUCGAAGGGCUUGCACCGGUGAACCUAUCGACCUGAUCCCUAAAGAACGUAUAGAGAAGUUCUGUGCAAGCCUGUCUGAUACAGAGGAAAGCUAUGAUGAACAAGUGAAGAGGCCGAGAAGGACGAGAUGGAGCAGUUCAAGCGUCUCCGAGAUGAAUGUCACAGAUUUUGGGUUGUUGAAGAAUCUCUCGAGUGUAAUGGAGGAGAGGGAUGAUACAGAGUCAAUGGUUUCAAAUUGCUCUUCUUCUUUGUCUUCAGCAGCUAGGAGAAGAAGUUGGAUGGGUUUGGGUGAUGCUAGAAAAAGAAGAGAUUCAUUAGAUCCAUCUAUGGUUAAGAGUCAUGUUCAUGACAUCAGAUUACAUGUUUCAAGAACUCGAAGUUAUCCUGCUGCUUCUCCCUCUCCUUCUGUGAGGAGCUGUGGAGUGAUAGAAGAGAAGUCAAGUAGUAGAACAAGAAGAAGAGAUAGUGUUGUUUCACCGUCUCCAAAAUGGGCUAAGAGUUUAAGCUAUGGAAGUGGAAGUAACAAGAGUAAGAACCUUCUUCUUCCACCUAGAAGCAAUACCCUAGAAUCCUCGGAUUCGAUAUCGAGGAAAAGAAGCUGGACAGAGACAGAGAUUCUCUGGAACUCACUUCCUCCCAGAGUUGCAAACCUAGGAAAGGAGAUUCUGAGGCAGAGAGAUAAGGCUAUUCGCGCUGCGUCUCAAGCUUUGUUAGAGGCUUCAGCUGCUGAAAGAUUGCUCAAAUGUCUAAGGUAUGUGCUACAAGUAAAUGUAACUUCUUCCUCAAGCAAUGUUCUCACUGAAAAUGAUAUGUUUAGGUCAUAUUCGGAGCUUUCAGACAAGAGAAAUCAACACCAUCAUAAUCAUCAGCCACCUAUAGGAGAGUUCUUGAGUUUCCAAGAUGAGUUAAGCAAGAGCAGGCUAAUCAUAAAAUCAUUAUCAACUGAAGAAACAGAGCAUUGCAACUCAAGAACGGGAGAGGAAAGACGCGAAAAGGCGACUCAGUGGAUCAAAUCAGCUUUAGCUACGGAUCUCAAACCGGUUUCUUUACCCGCAAGUAAGCCUAAGCAGAGUCCCGCGAGAAAGAGUUUUACCCUAAUCGCUCAAGAAACCAAUAACCGUGAAGACAACACAAGGGAAAGAGACAUGGCGUCGGGAGAGAGAAAGGAGAGGUUAAGCAGAGCAGCAAGAGAACUCAGAAACUUGGUAAAGGAAGAAGGAAGAAGGUGGUACUUGAGUCGUGUUGAGAAGUAUUUAGAUGAGAUCAGUAACGUAACAAAGUGGAGAGAGAUGAGUAGUCAGCAAGUAGGGGAAACGAUGUAUCAGAUAAAGCGAGUGAGUGAUUGGUUAGACGCUAUGGUUAAAGGAGAAGAGGAGGAACAAGAAGAAGAGGAAGUGGUGAUGAUGAUGACAGAGUCCGAAAGAGAGGCUUGUGGUAGAGUGAGGAACAAGAUUUAUAGGAUUCUUUUGAGACAUGUUGAGAAAACUUCUUUGUUAAGUCAUCAACGUAAUACCAAUCUCAUGUCUCAUCAACAAUACUACUGAAAAAGAACAAAUUUCCUUUUUUAGGUUUUCAUUAUUUUUUGGUCGUGACAUGGUGACAGUAGGAAUUUGUGUAGUAGUUUUUCCUUUGUUCCUCUAAUGCAGUUUUC